AUGGCCACAGCCAUGCUUUUGGGACGCCAGUUCUCUACCAGUGCCCUCACAGCCGUUGUCGCCCUCUUGCUCUGGGGACAGCUUUUUGCAGUGGACCCUGGCAAUGAUGUCACAGAUUCUGCAAAUGACAGCUGCCCAAAGCCCCCUGAGAUUGCAAAUGGCUACGUGGAACACUCGGUUCGCUAUCAGUGUAAGAACUUCUACAAACUGCGCAGUGACGGAGAUGGAGUGUACACCUUAAACAGUCAGAAGCAGUGGGUGAAUGAGGCCAUUGGACAGAAACUUCCUGAAUGUGAAGCAGUAUGCGGAAAGCCUAAGAAUCCGGUGGAUCAGGUGCAACGGAUCCUGGGUGGACAUCUGGAUGCCAAAGGCAGCUUUCCCUGGCAGGCUAAGAUGGUCUCCCGCCAUAAUCUCACCACGGGGGCCACGCUGAUCAAUGAACAAUGGCUGCUGACCACGGCUAAAAAUCUCUUCCUGAAUCAUUCAGAGAAUGCAACAGCCAAAGAAAUUGCCCCUACUUUAAAACUCUAUGUGGGGAAAAAUCAGCUUGUGGAGAUCGAGAAGGUAGUUUUCUACCCUAACUACUCUGAAGUAGACAUUGGGCUCAUCAAACUCAAACAUAAAGUGCCUGUUAAUGAGAGAGUGAUGCCCAUUUGCCUACCUUCAAAGGAUUAUGCACAAGUGGGGCGUGUGGGCUACGUGUCCGGCUGGGGGCGAAAUACCAACUUCAGGUUUACUGAGCAUCUGAAGUAUGUCACGCUGCCGGUGGCUGACCAGGACAAAUGUGUGCAGCACUACGAAGGCAGCACGGUGCCCGAGAAGAAGACACCAAAGAGCCCAGUAGGUGUGCAGCCCAUCCUGAACAAACACACCUUCUGUGCUGGCAUGUCUGAAUAUCAGGAAGACACCUGCUAUGGUGACGCUGGCAGUGCCUUUGCCGUUUACGACCCGGAUGAGAAGACCUGGUAUGCAGCUGGGAUCCUGAGCUUUGAUAAGAGCUGUGCUGUGGCUGAGUAUGGUGUGUAUGUGAAAGUGCCCUCCAUCCUGGACUGGGUUCAGAAAACUGUAGCCAACAACUAAUGCAAGGGUGGCUGAGAGACCUGGCCUGAGGGCAAGUUUUCACCCUGGAAGAGGGGACAGUGGCUGGGAAUAGGUGGAAGACAUGUUCUGGAGCUGAUGGGGGCCAGACCUGCAUUGCUGGGUCAGUCAAUAAAGAGCUUUC